AUGUCUCAGCACUCCUCCGGUGGUGGUGGAGGAGGGCCCUGCCACUGCCCACCUGAGGAAUGUGAUGGCCCAGGAAGGGACUACUACCAAGGUCAUGAUGGCCACUUUUACCCUCCAGGAGGUCCGGCUGAGGCCCUGGCGCUGGAAAGGCACCAUUCCCACUCCCACAGCCAUUCUGGAGGGGGAACUUUCCCCCGUUCCUACCCCAGUCAGCACCCACCUCUACAGUCAUUUGACUCCUGUGAGGAGUGUCUGUCCUCAGGCCAUGGAGGGAAGGGGCAUCGCAUUCCCCCCACCAUAAUGGACCAGUUUGAGAAGCAGGUGCCCUUUCAUCCCGAUGGCUUCCACACCCUGCAGUACCAGCGCACCACUAGUGGGGGUGCCGAGCAACGUAGCGAAAGCCCCUCAAGGAUCCGCCACCUGGUCAACUCAGUGCAGCGCCUAUUCGCCAAGUCCCAUUCCUUGGAGGCUCCAUCCAAACGCGAGUACAAUGGCACAAGAGGGGGCGGGGACUACCGAGUCGAGAGAGGGGGAGGCCACAGGAGUGGAGGGGAGGACGGAGGAGGCCACUACUCGGGACACCAGUCUCGCUCUACCAGGAGGAACAAAUCUCGAGAACGUAGCAAGAGCGGAGACUCGCGGCAUGAAUCAGGUAGACGCCACCGCAGCAGGACGGCUGGCUGGUGGAGCUCUGAUGACAACCUUGACAGCGACAGCAGCUACUUGGUCAGUGGAGGAAGACGCGGGUACCCCAGUGGACACGAGAGCCUUGAUGCAGCAAUCCAGGAGCUCACCAUGAAGAGGCCCAAAGACCGCGGGGGUGGUCCCAUGCCUGGGGAGUGCAGCUGUACCACUAUGGCUCUGGCCGGAGGUGAAGGAGGGGGACACCAUAGCCAUCAUGGCCACUCUAUGAAAAGGAGCACCUGGUCAGCCAUGACAGUGAGUCAGGCCAGAGAGGUGUACCCUUCUUCCAGGGGGGCAAGCUACGAGAAAGCCCUCGUGCCCGUUGAGAGUAAGCUUAAGGAGAGGACCUUCCAUUACCUCCAGGUCCCCUCAGAAGACUGGGGCGGUGGAUAUGGCGGUGGUAACGACGGUAGCGGAGGGGAGAUUCCGUGUCGUCGCAUGAGGAGCGGCAGCUACAUCAAGGCCAUGGGCGAUGAUGACAGCGCUGACUCAGACACCAGUCCAAAAGCCUCUCCUAAAUCAACCCUGAUAGCACAGAGGGACGCUUUCAGACGGUCUAUCAGCAUGGAUCAAAGGUACUCAUGUAAGCAGUGUACAGACUCCUACCCAAACAGCCGGACUACACCAAAAACCCACACCCGUUCCCGUAGCUACACCCGCUCUCUGACCAGCUCACAGUUGGGCGACACGCUGAACCGUCAGUUUGAGGCGGUCUGCGAGACCAUGUUCGGGGAGGUGGAGUCUCAAGCCGUGGAGGCUCUGGAUCUUCCAGGCGUGUUCCGCACUCGCAGCCACAGCUACGUCCGCGCCAUCCAGGCCGGCUGCUCCCAGGACGACGACUGCCUCUCUGUCUUCUCCAUGUCGGGCCCCCAGGGAAGCAUUAAGAGCGGGGCCGUCUUUCCUUAUCGUAAAGGUGCUCCUCCCCCACUCCCUCCUCGCAUGUCCAAGUCUUCACUCUCGGUACGAGCCCAGAGUAGCACCGAGUCCACCCAGGAUGCCUACUUCCAGAGCAGCGGGCCGUUGGUCUCAAGUUCAGGCCCCGGGCGCCCUAAGCAGCACAGCAACUCAGUGGACCUGGGCAGCUCCGACGGCCCCUCAGGUCGCUCAUCCAGGGGAGGAUACUACACCUCCACCGGCCCUGGGCGUUCAAGACAGCACAGUAACUCCGCAGAGAGCCUUGACGGGGUCAGGGGUUCCCGGGAGCUGGUACCCUACGCCGGGGGUCAGGGGAUCGGAGUGAGGGCCAAGCACAGCAGCUCGGCUGACAGUCUAUUGGAGGGACCACCAAGGCCGGCCAGGGAGAGGGACGGCAGGGCUGGCGGCAGCCUGGGGAAGUCCACGUCUCUGCCUCAGAACAGCAUGGUGCUGAGUAAAGCUGGGGGGCAGGACGACGGGCGUGGUGGGAGAAAGUGGAGGCCGUCCAUAGCCGUGCAGGUGGACAGCUCAGAGACUCUGUCAGAUUCAGACGCAGAGGGCAAAGCACUCACAGAGGUCCACUCUAUAGGAGUCCAAGUGGAGGAUGACAAAAGACGGGCUCGUUUCAAGCGCUCCAACAGUGUGACAGCGAGCGUGCAGGCCGACCUGGACCCAGAGGGCUUCCCAGGGCUCAGCAUCGCAGUGCCAACACAAGACAAGAGUCUGCAGUUUGGCUGUUCCUUCCAAAGGCACUCUUCAGAGCCGGAGUCAGCUAGCCAGUACGCAGAGUGUCAGCGCACUGUCCACACACAAGGACAGUGGGCCUACAGGGAGGACUUUAUCCAGAGUGGAUACACCACGGACACCUGCACAGCAGACCCACGGCCCCACCAGCACCCACACUUGCCUCCACGUUCCCACUCCCCCCUACCCAUCACCUCUGAGCGAGCUUGGGCAGGGACGCCGUCCCUCGAGGGCCCCCGGAGCCUACCGGACUCAGGCCGAGCCUCGCCCUGCAUGAGAGACGGCGAGUUCUUCCUACGUCUCCUGCAGACCGAGGUGGAGAGGAUGGAAGGAUGGUGCCAGAACAUGGAGAGGGAGGCAGAGGAAAACGAACUGCCAGAGGAGGUUCUUGAGUUGAUUCGAAACGCAGUUGGCAGUGCACAGAUGCUCAUGUCUCAGAAAGUCCAGCAGUUCUUCCGCCUCUGCCAACAAAGUGUGGACCCAUCAGCGUACCCCCAGCCCACCUCUCAGGACCUGGCAGGCUUCUGGGAUCUGCUGCAGCUCAACAUAGAGGAUGUCAGGGUCAAGUUUCAGGACCUCCAGAGGGUCAAGGACUCUAAUUGGAGGCUGCCACCUGAAAAGAAGGAGGAUAAGAAGCUUCCUCCUCCCUUACCAAAGAAGCCAGCAGGCGGGGUGAGUGGCAGCCUCAGGGCUGAUAGCAGCAUGGAUGGGGGCGCCGGAGGUGGGUCAGGCGGGCUGGUGGUGCCUCGCAUCGGUGGACACACCCUCCCCAUCAGGGAGAAGUCACUGGACCUCGGGGACCGUCACAGAACAGAAGCGAGGAGGAGGCUGCUGCAGACAAAGCGCACUGCUUCUUUCAGGCAGAACUCGGCCACAGAGAGCGCAGACAGCAUUGAGAUCUACAUCCCUGAAGCCCAGACUCGACUUUGAACUCUGAGACGCCUCUCACUCACCUCCUCAUUUAUCCUCAUCCCCUCGAAGCUCACCUGGGCAACAAUCGCAGUCUUUCUCUUAGCCCACUUUUGGAAUUUUUGCAGGUCAUUGCUGUUUUAUCUGCUACCCAUCCUCACUAUUUCGUCACAUAACUACAAAUUUACUCCUCAUGCUCAUUCAAAAAGCAAUGACAGCCAUUUUAGUGUCUUGAAAUUUGGAUAUUUUACAGACACUGAGGCCUAGACCCUGAAAUGGUAGCUAGCAGAUACAAGCUAUAGACUUUUUUUUUUAAAACUAAUUCUCUG